AGCCGAGCGGCCGUGCGAGCUCGUCCGUGCUUUCCCCACAAGGCUUCCUGGGCCCCGCCCCCUUUCUCUCCGGCAGCUGCGAAACUGCGGAGCGUGGAUUACAGCUGCCGUGUCGGCUGAGGGGCACCGGGAGGCGCAGUGCGCAGGCGCGAGCGUUCGGGACCCGCGGCGCGCGGCGCUCGGUUGUAGCAGGAGUGAGUUCCUGGGCGCAGAGACCCGGCAGUGGGCAGUUGAGCGAGCGGGUGACCCGGCGCCUCCUCUGCAGCCAUGGCAGCUCUACGCUACGCGGGCCUGGACGACACGGACAGCGAGGACGAGCUGCCGCCGGGCUGGGAGCAGAGAACCACCAAGGACGGCUGGGUUUACUAUGCCAAUCACACAGAGGAGAAGACGCAAUGGGAACAUCCGAAGACUGGGAAAAGAAAGCGAAUAGCAGGAGAUUUGCCCUAUGGAUGGGAGCAAGAAACCGAUGAGAAAGGACAAGUGUUUUUUGUCGACCACAUAAAUAAGAGAACGACCUAUUUGGACCCAAGACUGGCAUUUACCGUGGACGAAAAUCCUACGAAACCGACCACCAGGCAGCGGUAUGACAGCAGCACGACCGCCAUGGAGAUACUCCAGGGCCGGGAUUUCAGUGGCAAAGUGGUCGUGGUGACGGGCGCCAACUCAGGAAUAGGGUUUGAGACCGCCAAAUCUUUUGCCCUCCAUGGAGCACACGUGAUCCUGGCCUGUAGGAACAUGACAAGGGCCAACGAAGCUGUGUCGCGAAUUUUAGGAGAAUGGCACAAAGCCAAGGUAGAAGCAAUGACCCUGGACCUUGCUGUGCUCCGUAGCGUGCAGCAUUUUGCUCAAGCGUUCAAGGCCAAGAAUGUGUUGCUUCACGUGCUUGUGUGCAACGCAGCGGUUUUUGCUCUUCCCUGGAGCCUCACGAAGGAUGGCCUGGAGACCACCUUCCAGGUCAACCACCUGGGGCACUUCUACCUGGUCCAGCUCCUCCAGGACGUCCUGUGCCGCUCAGCCCCAGCCCGGGUCGUGGUGGUCUCCUCGGAGUCACAUAGGUUUACAGACAUUAACGAUUCUUCAGGAAAGCUCGACUUCAGCCGCCUCUCGCCGUCGCACAGCGACUACUGGGCCAUGCUGGCUUACAACCGGUCCAAGCUCUGCAACAUCCUCUUCUCCAACGAGCUGCAUCGCCGCCUCUCGCCGCGCGGGGUCACGUCCAACGCGGUGCAUCCCGGCAACAUGAUGUUCUCCUCCCUCCAUCGCGGCUGGUGGGUGUACACGCUGCUCUUCACCUUGGCCAGACCCUUCACCAAGUCCAUGCAACAAGGAGCUGCCACCACCGUCUACUGCGCUGCUGCUCCGGAACUGGAGGGUCUGGGAGGAAUGUAUUUCAACAACUGUUGCCGUUGUAUGCCCUCGACGGAAGCUCAGAGCGAAGAGACGGCCCGGGCCCUGUGGGCACUCAGCGAGAGGUUGAUCCAAGAGGGCCUUGGCAGCUCAUCCGGCUAAGUGGGGGCAUCGGCAAGGAUCGGCACACGCACGGCCUGUGUGCGUGCAUAUGUGUGUAAAUGCCAACCCCUGGACCCUUUCCCACUUACUAUCCCGGGGCUUUCCAAGUCCCUCUGAUCCAGGUUUACCAGAGGCAAGGACAUAAGAGUAGUCACAACAGAGCCAAAAAUGUUAAGUAUCAAUGGGAAGCAGGGAAUUCUGGGGUUCAGGGACAGUCUCUCUUUUCUGGGGGUGGGUUAGGCUUGGGUCUCUCUGCAUCCCUGUUGAUGGCCUGUUUGAAAGUGAACCUUAGUUGAUAGGCGGGUUCUUUGUCUCACUGUAGAAGCACAAACAAUUCUCACUUACUGUUCAGAAUAGCCACACGUCCCUGUCCCACCCAGUCACCACCACAGCCUCCCAUGGCCACACUGGAGCCAAGAGCUGGCUUCUUCCUAUUUAGGGAAGAGAGAGCCAGUGUUUAUCCUUUGUUGCACUGAUCCAGGAGAUAACUGUUUUCAUUCAUCCUCAUCUCAUCAGAGCGGGCUUGGCAAACUGGGCAGAGACGUCUCUGAACCUUCUUCCAGUCAAGAUGGAGGUGACACUUAGAAAUGGGUGGAAUAGACAGACACAACUAGUGAGUCGCAGAAGUCCUGGUCCACUGACUCCCUUGCCAAAGCUAUACAAAAGAUCCUUUAGGGAUUUAUAACAAAUUUUGCAAAUCAUUCCCUUGGUACCUUGACAGGCAGGACAGGAAGCACUGUGCCCUUAAGAAUGCACAGGGUAUUUUGGGGGGUGGGAUAAAAAGUUGUUCCCUUCAUUCUUCACUCACAGUCUUAAGAAGCAACCUGAUCACGGAGGUUCCCAGCCCCUCAGUGCAUCCGUAUAGCAUCCUGCUCCACUUCCUCUUGUUCCUCCCAUCCUGCUGAAUAAAAGAACAUGCUUGAAUAUUA